ACGUGACUAGUCAGCAUGGCCGUUCGUCUUAUCCAUGGCAAGAAAGACGUGCGUAUUCCGCUCUCACAUGUGAUCUUCGCCACGUGGUGGCUGAUGCAAGAGUCCACUCAAUUUAGCUCUGCUUCUCUCUCCUUCUCUCUCUCUUUCCUUUGGUUUAUCUUCUACUACUCAACUGCAGCCGGAGACACACUGAAAGAGCGAGGGAGAACGAUGGGCACAAUAGGGAAUGCCGUGUCACAGGAAUCGGGGUUCAAGCUAGUCGGAUUCUCCAACUUUGUGCGGACGAAUCCUCGAUCGGACCGUUUCAAGGUGAAGAGGUUCCACCACGUAGAGUUCUGGUGCUCGGAUGCCACCAACACAGCUCGUCGCUUCGCGUGGGGCCUGGGCAUGCCGAUUGUCGCCAAGUCCGAUCUUUCUACUGGUAACCUCACCCACGCCUCCUACCUCAUUCGCUCCGGUGACCUCUGCUUCCUCUUCACUGCCCCUUACUCACCUUCCAUCUCCGCUGCUGACAAUCUGCCUCCUUCCGCCACUGCUUCUAUCCCUACCUUUGAUCGUGCCUCCUGCUGCGCCUUCUCCGCCACUCACGGCCUCGCCGUCCGUACUAUUGCAAUUGAGGUCGAGGACGCCGAGACUGCCUUCCGCACCAGCGUGUCCCAUGGCGCGAAGCCCAGAGCAGAACCUGUACUUCUUGAAAAUCGCGCUGUCAUCGCCGAGGUUCAACUCUACGGCGAUGUCGUCCUGCGCUAUGUUAGCUACAAAAGUACUAGCAACGUUACAGCUGAUAGUCCUGAUUCGUGGUUUCUUCCUCGUUUUGAAGCCGUGGAUGAAUCGUCAUCGUUUCCGCUAGAUUACGGGAUCCGCCGAUUAGACCACGCCGUUGGGAACGUGCCGGAGUUGGCUCAGGUUGUCUCCUAUGUGAAGCAAUUCACUGGAUUUCACGAAUUUGCUGAAUUUACGGCGGAGGAUGUUGGGACCAGCGAUAGCGGGCUGAAUUCUGUGGUGUUAGCAAAUAAUGACGAAAUGGUUUUGCUACCAAUGAAUGAGCCCGUGUUCGGGACUAAAAGGAAGAGUCAGAUACAGACGUACUUGGAGCACAAUGAGGGUCCAGGGCUGCAGCACUUAGCGCUGGUGAGCGAGGACAUCUUCAGAACAUUGAGGGAGAUGAGGAAGUGUAGCUUUGUAGGUGGGUUCGAGUUCAUGCCGUCUCCCCCACCUACUUACUACAAGAAUCUGAAGAAUCGAACAGGGGACGUGUUGAGUGAUGAGCAGAUAAAGGAAUGCGAAGAGUUGGGGAUUUUGGUGGAUAGGGAUGACCAGGGAACCUUGUUGCAGAUAUUCACUAAGCCAGUGGGAGAUAGGCCAACUAUUUUUAUAGAGAUUAUCCAGAGAGUAGGUUGCAUGCUCAGAGAUGAACAAGGCAAGGUAUACCAGAAGGGUGGAUGUGGAGGGUUUGGAAAGGGAAACUUCUCAGAGCUCUUCAAGUCCAUCGAAGAAUAUGAGAAGACACUUGAAGCCAAACGAGUUUCCCAACCAACAACUAUGUGACGAGUGGAUCAUUUCUCUUGCUGCCGUGCAUAAAAUGUCUCUUGCUGCCUCCAUAAAAUAAGGUAGUUACUAGAACCAGGUAAGUUUAAAUGCUUAAAGAUUCUAUGAAUACAAGAGAGAAUAAAGCACAGAAUGAUCAUUGUGAUAAACAGGAAGUCAUAGUGCCUCUCAUUAGCUUUGUUAACUUUUUUAAGUACAAUGAUCUUCUAAACUAGUUGAUGGCUAUGUGAAUUGUUUGCCUAUUCUCGGCAGCUUCUCUCAAUCUCUCCACAUAUGCAGAUUCUUACUA